AUGUCCUCUCUUUCAUCCCCUUGUUGCACCCUCCCCCUCGUCUCGCAUCUGUCGUCUCAUCUCGCCAUCUCACCCUCCUCCUUCUCAACCUCUCCUCCUUUCCUCGCUCUCCCCAAUCUACUCCCCACUUCGCAUUCCAGAAAAUCCCCUUGCGUCUCCAUCCCGUAUCUCCUUUCCAUUCCGCCUCUCCCCUCCAAUCCGCCUCUCCCCUCCAAUCCGCCUCUCCCCUCCAUUCCGCCUCUCCCUCCCUCCCACCCUCCCACUCGCCUAGCUCUUCAAUUGCUUCCCGCCACUUUCGCGCAGCGAGAGGGAAUUCCCGCUCUUCAAGAGGCUGCGCUCGCGGUGUGGGAGACGGAGUGCUUGGCUGCCCAAUGCAGUAUGCCAGUCGACGGACUGCAGACGCAUCGCAGGCCCGAGAAGAAGGCGUUGGGGAACGAGCAGAAGGCCAGCAAAUUCAACCCAAACGGUAUGUAA